AUGGCCUGCGGGCGGCGCCUCGCUGACGUGUGCUCGCUCCCUCGCAGGCGCAGGCAGCCGAGAAGGGGGAACGGGGACGCGGCGAGGGGAAAGAGGAAGGCCAACGCCAGCUACACCAUCAGCGUCGCCAACCGAGUCUACGUCCAGGAAGGCUUCCCUCUGCGGAGGUGCGUCCGCAAGGCCCUCGCGAAGGAGCUGAGGACCGUCAACUUCCAGGAGUCCGACGCCGCCGCCGACGCCAUCAACAGGUUCGUGAAGGGGACCACGCGAGGCAAGAUCCCCAAGCUGGUGGACGCUGCGGACUUGACCUCCUCCAUGAUGGUCCUGAUCAACGCCGUCUUCUUCAAGGGCCUGUGGAAGGUGCAGUUCGACCCGCGGCUCACCCGGGCGGCGCCCUUCACCACGUCGUCGGGCAACCGGACGGAGGUGGAGAUGAUGGUGGUGAACGCGGACUUCGCCGUCGGAAUGUCAGAGGAACUAGAGGCUCAAGUCCUGGAGAUGCCCUACCGAGGGGACGGAGCGUCCAUGUUCAUCCUGCUGCCUCGGGACCGCAGCGAAGAGGCUCUUGAGAUGAUGGUCGAGCGUCUUACGGGCGCGACCCUCAAGUCCGCCAUGAGGAAGCUGAGCAGCAGGAACGUGAAGGUCGGCCUCCCCAAGUUCAAGCUGGAGACGAGCAUUCGGGACGAACUCAAGAUCGGCCUCACCAGCAUGGGCAUCGGCGACCUGUUCUCUCCCGUGGCCGCAGACAUGUCGACCUUCUCCCCCGACGAGCGCCUGGUCCUCAACGACGGCAUCCACAAGGCGGUCGUGGAGGUGAACGAGGAGGGCUCGGAGGCGGCGGCGGCGACGGCCCUCGUCUUCGGCAGGAGCGGCCGCAGGAAGCCGUCCUUCGUGUGCAACAGGCCCUUCCUCUUCUUCAUCCUCGACAAGGCCACCAGCAACGUGCUCUUCAUGGGGGCGUUCAGGGAGCCCUAGGGGAGGGG